AUGCGCAUAGAUGUAGCCACCAUACAGACACGACAGGAAAGUGUACAGGAGCUACUGCAGAAUGAGCUUGCCAAGCCCGUGAUUAGCGAGAAUCUCCGGACAGUUGAAGCAAACAUCACAUGCAUCAUCAAACUCAAACAUGUGCUGGAUAUAAUACCAGCGCUGAUUAAAGCUUUGGAUAUGGCAUCAUCCACCCUGCUUAAGACUUACGCUGAG